AUGCGGUUAGUUCAAGCUUGGAAGAGAAGGAGUCGGUGCUGGAGCUGGAAAAAGGAAAAUUUGGAACAACAUGGCUCCAAUGCAAGCUUGCAGCAGGAGGAGGAGCACGAAUUGGAACAAAAUGGCUCCAAGAAUGAGCCCGAGACGGACGAUUGCGGUGUCGACAUCGAAGCCGACGAGGAGAGCAAGAAAGAAGAGGACGAUGGUGGAUGGAAGGAACAUGAACCAUCAACGGAGGAUUCAUCUUUGCAUCCAGAUGAAUCAGAGCAAAGUGUGUUUGAUGAUGAGCCGACAUUGCUCCCCAGUGACGAGUUCACAACGAUCAAGCCCAGCGAAGAUGAAGGCUUCAAAGCAACGAGCUUUGAGGAAGUGGAAAAGAUGGGAAAAGAUGUGUCCAAGUGGAAGGGAGCCAUAGUCAAACACGGCCGUAAGGUCACAGUCGUGAAGACCCAAGAUGGCGCUUUUCCACUCAAUUUCAAAGAUUUCAAAUACAACUACGGCAGGAAAGGGCAGGUUGUACCAUCAUCCUGGUCAAAGGUUGAGGCACUGAAAGUUCCUUCGAAACAAGGUGAACAUUACUUUGAAAGAGAUUUUGCCCCGGAAGCCAGCUGGAAUAUUGACAUUGAUGCUGAAGAUACAAUCAGCAUGGUUUUCCUCUGUUCCGCUUCCAGGGAAGCUUUUGCAGUCUGUUGUCUUGCCAAUGCAUUGGUUUGGUUUUUCGGUGCCAUCUUCAUUGUGUGGCUCUCCCGCAACACCGAACCUGCAAUGUAUGAGGGCGAAGCUUAUGAACUCGUUGCCAUUCUUGUUGUCAUCCUUGGAGUAGUUUGUCUAGGAAUGCUCUCCGACUUGAAAAAUGAGAUGGAUAGGCUUCCCAAGUUAUCACACAUUGCUGGGCUCAUGCGUUGUUCCGAGAGGAUCGCCUUGAAGGGCAGUGUGACACUGCAUUGGGUGAAUCUAGCUCAAACUGUCGCCUUCAAAGGGUUGUCCUUCUACGUUGGUUUGUGUGAAAACAACCUUCUGGAUGUCAUCCUCAACGUUGUCGCUGUGGACUAUCUUGCUGCCAUGGACACAGCAAUGAAGCAGCUCUAUUGUCUUUACCGGCUUGGUGACAAGAAGAUAAACUUGACCUUUGUGGACAUCCACUAUAUCGACCCUGGUGAAUCUGUGCUAAGAGACGAGACUGAAAGUGCCCGUACCGGUAGUGGAUAUUGGCAUAUAGGGCAAGCCAGAUUCUGGGAACAGAACAAAACCAACCCUAGGGCUGUACAGAACAAACUCAAUGACGAAUCCACAAGCAACGAAAAAAAGUUGGAUCUCCUUCUUCAGGGCACUUGGGACCGUUUUGAGUAUCCUCUCGAGCUACCCCGUGGCUUGCCAAUGGUUAGCUCUAUGUUAUCGCACACGAUUCUUUUUGGCUGGGAGCAAGAGAUCGGGUUCCCCGAAAACAGUCAGGAACAGCUCAUGAUACUUUUGGGUUGUACCCGGGACGAUUGGGAAUUCACUUUGGAACCUGAACUGCAAGCUGCAUUGAUGCUCAAAUUCUGA